AUGGUGCGGCGCCUCAUGCGCAGCCAGCGCGUGUGGUGGUGGGUCGGCUCGCUGGUGCUGGGCGGCGUGGGGCUCGUGGCCUUCGGGCCGGAGCUCAAGCUCGGCAUGAGCCGACACACGGCCGAGGUGGCGUCGCGCUCGCUGCAGGACGAGACGCUGCGGGACAACACGCGCGAGCUGGCGUCGCAGAUCGUGCAGACGGUGCUGAACGACCCCAAGGUGCUGGACCAAGCCUCCAGGUUCCUGCAAAGGCUUGUGGUGAUGGAUUCGACGCGUGAGGCGCUGCGCGCUUUGGUGAUUCACACGCUGAACGACCCGAUGACGCGGACGCAGGUGGCGGAUCUGACGAAGCACACGGUGACGGCGCUGCUGGAAGACCCCAAGACGCUGCGGCAGCUCGUGGACCUGUUGCGGUCGACGGUGGUGGACCCCAAGGCCAAGGAGGCCUUGUUGCUGCUGCUGGAGCAGAUCAUGCGUGACGACCAGACGAGGGCCAACUUGACGCAGCUGCUGGCGCACACGUUCCUGCAGGACGCGGUCAAGCAGAACGUGGGCAAAACGCUCAGCGACUCGGUGCACGACGUGCUGAGUCGCAGAGACGUCCAGAACCACGCCAAGGAGUUCGUGAGCGGCGUCGUGCGGGACCAAACGGUGCAGGCGCAGGGAGGAGAGGCGAUCUGGAGCACCGUCAUGUACGCUCUGACGCCCGGCUGGCUCUCGUGGAUCUGGGAGAACCCAGGAGAUCUGGCCAAGGGGGCGACUACGCCUGCUGCAGAGGCUGCCAAGGUUAUGGUCGCUGCUACUGUUGCUGAGGAGAAGCUGGAGAAGGAGAACAAGGAAUCAGCGACCAAGAGUGCGUCAUCACACGCGGACUUCGCUGAGCGGUACGAAGACAAGCACUGGAGCGGAUCUGGCAGCGGCUUCGUUUAG